GGCAGGGGAGGGGAAGAUGAUGCGGAGGGAUGACAGCGAGGAAAAGGAGCAGAGGAAGGUGCCUCCUAAGAAGGUUAUGGCGGCUCUAAGCGACAUGGGCGGCAGCGGCACCAGCUCGUCUUCUUCACACAUGUCUCCCGGCUGGCAGGUCAAUGACCUCGAUCUGGAUCUGCCCGGAGAGCUGUCUAUGAACGAGGCGCUGCUGUCGCUGCCGUCGCUGGCAGUCUUCAAGCAGGAGGCUCCUUCUCCGACUGGCGCUGUGCCGUCUCCGCCACGACGCGUGUGGCCGCCGCGAAGACCUGAUGAUAGACAGAUCAGUGUGGAUUUUACCGAGUUACACCAGAGCCAGGCGGUUUCUGACAGGGAUUUCAAGAAUAUAUGGGAGAUCACUAGCAUGGUGGUGGACAGCAAUCGCGAUGCUAUGGAAGAGGGCAGCUGUCAGCAGUCCCCACAUAACGGGAACAUGAUCGUGCAACAUGGCAGCCCAGAGAGCAUGCAAUGCCAGCCGACCAUGCCACCAGGCACCAUCGUACCCAUCAACGGAUAUCAUUCGCCAAAUGCUCAGGAAAAUAAGAAUGCAGGAUUGCUGAUGUGUUCUCCCGUGGGCUCACUGGACGGGUUCCUCCACUCGCCCAUACAGACGCGCUCCGAACCCAGCUUCAAGGAUGAUACCAGAUUCCAAUACGUCCUAGCAGCAGCGACAUCUAUAGCCACGAAACAGAAUGAAGAGACGUUGACGUAUCUGAACCAGGGACAGCCUUAUGAGAUCAAACUCAAGAAGUUAGGAGACCUGUCGCAUUAUAAAGGGAAGAUAUUGAAGAGCGUGAUCAAAAUCUGUUUCCACGAGCGUCGCCUUCAGUACAUGAGAGAGCAAAUUGCGCAGUGGCACAACGAGAGACCCGGAGAGAGGAUUGUAGAGGUGGACGUCCCUCUCUCAUACGGAGUGAUUCGCGUAGAGCAGCCGGCGUGUCUGAACGCUCUGCAUGUCUUCUGGGACCCCACCAAAGAUGUUGGCGUUUAUAUUAAGGUGAACUGCAUAUCAACGGAGUUCACAGCCAAGAAGCACGGCGGCGAGAAGGGCGUCCCCUUCCGCAUACAGGUUGAGACUUACCUCGCUAGCGACGAACAUAAUAGGCUGCAUGCUGCCGCUUGCCAGAUUAAGGUAUUCAAACUGAAAGGAGCGGACAGGAAACACAAGCAGGAUCGCGAGAAGGUCAUGCGCAGACCUCGCACCGACUUGGAGAAGUACCAGCCAGGAUGCGAAGCUACUGUUCUUACCACGCUGUCAAACGAUGCUCUGAUGCCGCCGCCAUCUUUGGUGACCACCUCCCCACCGUACUCCCUGAAAUGUGGUAAGUUAUAGUUAUUUAAUUUAACUAGCUACCGAGUUCGCGCA